AUGAAUAGAGGCAGAGGUGGAUUCAGAGGCGGACGCGGAGGCAGAUCCGGUCCUAUUCAAUAUGGCCCUCCAGAUACAGUAUUAGAGAUGGGUUCAUUCAUGCAAGCUUGUGAAGGUGACAUUGUUUGUCGUUCUAUAAACGUUAAAAUUCCAUACUUUAAUGCCCCAAUAUACUUGGAAAAUAAGACACAGGUUGGGAAAGUGGACGAAAUCUUGGGUCCAUUAAAUGAAGUAUUUUUUACAAUCAAACCAUCAGAAGGUGUUAAAGCAGAAUCUUUUAAAGAAGGGGAUAAGUUUUAUAUUGGUCCUGAUAAGUUAUUACCAUUAGAAAGAUUUUUACCAAAACCACCAAGUGUGGGUCCAAAACCUAAAAGGAAAACUGGUGGAAAAUCAGCAGGUGGAAGCAGCCGUGGUGGAUUUUCAUCUAGAGGUGGUGGCCGUGGCGGAUUUUCAUCUAGAGGUGGUGGUCGUGGUGGAUUCUCAUCAAGAGGUGGUGGCCGUGGUGGAUUCUCAUCAAGAGGUGGUGGCCGUGGUGGAUCCCGUGGAAACAGUAGAGGUGGAUUCAGAGGAGGAAGAGGAGGAAGAUUUUAG